CUGCAAAACUACACAAGAAGGUAACAAGAGCCAGAGAAACACAGAGAAAAGCAAAGAAAAGAAAGGAAAAAAGAAAGCAAGAUUCAGAGAAAACUCAGUUCUCGUCUCUUAUAGCCAGCUAAAUUCUUGUCAUUUAUAUAUAUAGAUUAUUGAGAUAGAAGCCCAAAUGGCAAACCAGCUAGAGAAUCUAAUGCAGUCAAUAAAAUCAAAAGUUCGAGCCUUGAAGAAAUCGAAGAAACCAUACAUAAAGAUGGACAAAAGCUCCAGUGUGAAGGUUGAGAUCCGCAGUAGAAAAGCCAGACAGCUUAUUGACAAGACUCUCAAAGUAGCCGAUCGUCCUGGCAAACGAAGCGUUUCUUGAUCUCUUCCUUUCUUUAAAUUUCUCUCUGUAAAUAAAGCUCAAGAGUUUCCUGUGUUUUCUUUCUUGUUCUCGUUUUCAAGUGCCUACAGAUUCUGUGUUUUCUUUCUUUCUUUCUUUCUGGUGAAAGCUUUGAAUGUUAUAUGGAACCGUUUCUGGUUUGGCGGCUCAA